AUGAGAGGUCCAAGUUUAUGGAGACUUCAAGGAAGUAUGAAGGAGCUGGGUUUAGCUCAAGCACGGCUUUGUCUCACAUCGAGACUCAGUUAGCCAGGUUUGGCUUCGAUUGGAUUGAUACAAGAUGGCGACGUCGCGAGCGGAGAUCCCUCAGUUCGAUGGAUCGGGCGAUUUCACGAUUUGGAAGAGAGGAUGUUAGCGAACAUCACAGUUCAAGGAUUGAAGGAUCUUCUCACCGAGAAGGAGGAAGUCACGAUGACGGAACAACAGAUCCUUGAAGAAACAGCUGCAGCCAGGAAGAAGAGGCUCGAUGAUGAAGCCGAGUGGCUGGAACGAGAUGACAAGGCGCUUAACUUGAUCAUCAUGUACGUUGGGGAUCGCGUUCUCAGGAAGCUUGACAAGUGCAAGACUGCAGCUCAAGCGUGGGAGACGCUCGACAGACUCUACAUGGUGAAGACCUUGCCGAAUCGUGUUCAUGCGCAGCUCCAUGUCUACUCGUACAAGAUGAUGGAUUCGUUGAGCAUUGAUCAGAAUGUGGAUGUAUUCCUGAAGCUGAUUGCGGAUCUAAGCAAUCUAAGCAUCGACAUUCCAGAUGAGGUACAAGCUAUCUUACUCCUUAAUGCUCUUCCUGCUAGAUUCGAUUCCUUGAAAGAAACUUUGAAAUAUGGUCGAAACUCAAUAAAAUCUGCUAAGUCUAAAGAACGUGAAUAUAAUGACUCUGCUGGUCUUAAGACCAUCGGAGAAGGGAAUUUUGUUAGAGGUAGACCGGAAUCUAGGGGCACUAACAAUGCAGGUAAAUUCAACAAGCAACGCUCAAGAUCUAAGUCCAAGGAUGGCAAGAGAGUGUGUUGGAUAUGCGGAAAGGAAGGUCACUUCAAGAAACAGUGCUACAAGUGGUUAGAGAGAAACAAAGGCAAGGGUCGUUCAUCAGAAAAUGGAGAAUCAAGUCUAGCGAGAGAUGAUGCAGUUGAUUUGUUGGGGCUCUUAGUAGCAGAGCUUCUAGGGAUAGAACUAGAGAUACGUUGA